GAUAUUUAAUGAAGCUUCCACUAUAUAUAUAGUUAGCAAGGUUGCAACCGCCUUAAACAACAUAUUGUAAAAGUUAUAGUUGUAAUCUUUAACGAUGGAUUCAAGAUUCGUCCAUAGCAAUCCUUUCUCGAGGUGUAAUGGUAAAAGUGAAAAUAAUGGCGAUGGAGAGGAUAGUAGUAAAUAUCCUUAUGUGAGUGCUCUAUGCAUGAACGGUGGUGAUGGAGAUAAGAGUUACUCCGCCAAUUCUCUUAUUACGAGAAGAGUUUUAUCAAUGACCAAGCCGGUCUUGGUUAAAAACACAAAGGAAAUGUUCGCAAACCUGGACUUUCCUGAAUCUGUCAAAGUCGCAGAUUUUGGGUGUUCGUCGGGACAAAACACGUUUCUAGUGAUGUCCGAGAUUGUCGAUGCAAUCAAUUUUCUAUGUCAAGAACGAAACCAAAAACAGCCAGAGAUAGAAUGUUGUUUGAAUGAUCUCCCUAGUAACGAUUUCAACGCAGUUUUCAAGCUCAUAGCUCUCUUCAAGAAAAAAGUGACAAGUGAAGGAUCGUGCUUCAUAUCUGGAGUCCCUGGUUCUUUUUACUCUAGGCUUUUCCCUCGCAAUUCUCUCCAUUUGGUACAUUCAGUUUACAGUAUUCAUUUCCUCUCUAAGGUUCCGGACAGACUCGAGAAGAACAACAUGAAUGUGUACAUAACAGCUUCAAGUCCUCUAAGUAACUACAUUGCUUACUUGAAUCAAUUCCAAAGAGAUUUCUCAACAUUUCUGAAAGUGCGGUCGGAAGAGAUGGUUUCUAAUGGACGAGUGAUUCUUACAAUCAUGGGCAGAAACACUAUUGAUGAUCCAUUGUAUAGGGAUUGUUGUCAUUGCUGGACAUUAUUAUCCAACUCUCUCCGUGACUUAGUCUUGGAGGGUCUUCUGAGUGCAUCAAAAGUGAAUUCGUUCAAAAUCCCUUUUUAUGAUCCGACCAAGGAAGAAGUUAAGGAGAUAAUAAGAGAAGAAGGAUCCUUCCAAAUAAACGACUUGGAGACACAUGGAUUUGAUCUCGGCCACAGUUACGAGGAUUGUGUCUCACAAUCAGGUAGAGAAGGACAAAAAGAAGCUGGUUGUAUAAGAGCAGUGACAGAAUCAAUGCUCGUAGCUCACUUUGGAGAUUCCAUCAAUAUCGACACACUGUUUAGCAAGUAUGCGCAUCAUGCGUCUCAGCAUGCUAGCUGCAAGAUCAAAACUACUGUAACUCUAGUCGUUUCAUUGAUUCGGAAAUAACUCUAGUUCUUACUCUCAUUGUUAGGAUUCAAAUAGGGUAUUUUGAAUUUUCAUAUUUUCAGGU